UUGGAACGGCGGGCGGCAGGUCUGGGGCAACCUGGGGUCCCAGUGACCGUCCUGUCUCAAGCGUCCCGCCUGGCCGUCCCUGCAGAGGCCUGGCUGGGGGCCGCCUGUAGCGUGUGGGCAAGAUGUCCAACCCCUUCCUCAAGCAAGUCUUCAACAAGGACAAGACCUUCCGGCCCAAGCGCAAGUUCGAGCCAGGCACCCAGCGCUUCGAGCUGCACAAGAAGGCGCAGGCGUCGCUGAACGCGGGGCUGGACCUGAAGCUGGCCGUGCAGCUGCCCGCCGGUGAGGAGCUCAACGACUGGGUGGCCGUGCACGUGGUGGACUUCUUCAACCGCGUCAACCUCAUCUACGGCACCAUCAGCGACGGCUGCACCGAGCGCUCCUGCCCCAUCAUGUCGGGCGGCCCCAAGUACGAGUACCGCUGGCAGGACGAGCACCGCUUCCGCCGGCCCACGGCGCUGUCGGCUCCCCGGUACAUGGACCUGCUCAUGGACUGGAUCGAGCUGCAGAUCAACGACGAGGGGGUCUUCCCCACCAGCGUCGGCACGCCGUUCCCCAGGAACUUCCUGCAGGUGGUGAGGAAGAUCCUGUCCCGGCUCUUCCGCGUGUUCGUGCACGUCUACAUCCACCACUUCGACCGCAUCGCGCAGCUCGGCUCCGAGGCCCACGUCAACACCUGCUACAAGCACUUCUACUACUUCGUCACCGAGUUCGGCCUCAUUGACACCAAGGAGCUGGAGCCGCUGAAAGAAAUGACCGCACGGAUGUGCCACUGAGAGCCCGCGGCCCUGCUGUCACCAGUGCCGCACCUGGGGGACACUCCGACUCUGGGGCUGUAUCUCCGGAACCAGGACCCAUGUGUUCUGAUCCAGCGAGCUCUGCCGCUGGGGUUGUGUCCUUGCUUCGAUUCCAAGGUGGCAGCAG